AUGAGAGAUCGACAUAAGUUGGUGACUUCCAAACGGCUAUGCCACAACUGUUUGAGCAGUGGACACUUCGUUCGCAAUUGUUCCUCCACUCUCAACCGUCGCAAAUGUAAUCGACGGCAUCACACUUUUCUCCAUGAAACUGAUUCACGAAAAGCCAGUAGCCAAAAUGCUUCUUCUGGUUCAACAGCAGUCUCGUCAGGGUCAUCUUCCACUCCAUCACCUACGGUCGAUCCUUCUACGCAAUCUAUAGUCGCUGCUGCCGAAAAUGCUCUACCUGUCGAGGUCAGUACUGCUCUACAACAGCCCCGUGAGAACGUCUUUCUGCUCACCGUUGUCGUGAAGGUCAUCGGUUCCCACGGUUCGGAAUAUCUCGCUCGCGCUCUCCUGGACAGUGCAUCGCAACCAAACCUCAUCACAGAUCGGAUGGCGAGGAUUCUACGACUACGUCGACAGUCUGCAAAUGUAACGGUCCAAGGCGCAGGUCAGCUUCCGAAAUCGAUCACUGAAUCCGUCUUCGCCCAGGUGCAAUCCAGGAAAGGCAACUUCUCUUGUGGUGUUAAUUUCCUCGUGAUGGAUAAAGUGACCGCCGAUCUUCCGUCGCAAAGCAUUUCCACUGCAGGAUGGAUAAUUCCGGAGGAUCUCUUCAUGGCUGAUCCUUCGUUCAACGAGAGCCAACCAAUAGAUAUGGUUCUAGGCGCCAGGCACUUCUACUCCUUCUUCCCCAGCAACGAACGCAUCCAGCUUGACAGAAACGUCCCACUUCUGGUCAAUAGCGUCUUCGGAUGGAUCGUGGCCGGUACUUCGUAUGCUGGCCCAUUCACGCAGGCAUCGAUGCCAACCGCCUCGUGUAGUGAAGUUGAGGUUUCCAUGGUUUCUCUGGAGGAAUGUUUGGAGAGAUUCUGGCGAACAGAGGAGCUGACCAACACCGAUACAUAUUCUGUAGAGGAGCGAAGAUGCGAGACCCUGUAUCAGUCUACUGUCUCCCGAAAUGAAGAAGGCCGCUACAUCGUGCGUUAUCCCCGCAAACCCGACUUUGAAGUCAUGAUUGGUGAAUUCCGAAACAAUGCCCAGCGACAAUUCGAACACUUGGAAAAGCGACUGGAACGAGAUCCACAUUUGAAAGAAGAAUAUCGCAAGUUUAUCAAGGAGUAUAUCUCUCUCGGCCACAUGCGGUUGGUCGAAGCUGACGAUGAUGAUGCUCCUGCGUACUACCUGCCCCACCACCCCGUAGUUAAGGAGGAAAGUACGACGACCAAGGUUCGGGUCGUGUUUAACGGCUCAGCGAAAACUUCCACCGGCUUCUCGCUUAAUGAAGCUCUUUGCGUGGGUCCCGUGGUGCAGGACGAUCUCCUGGAUAUUAUUCUUCGAUUCCGUACCUUCCCCAUCGCUCUGGUUGCCGACAUUGCCAAAAUGUACCGGCAAAUACUCGUACACCCCGAUUACGUCAGGUUCAAGCGCAUCCUGUGGCGAUUUUCCGGGAAAACACCAAUUCAAGUGUACGAGUUGCUAACCGUGACGUACGGCUUGGCUCCAUCUUCCUACCUGGCCACACGCACACUGCAGCAGCUAGCGGAAGACGAAGGCGCAGCGUAUCCGAUUGGCGGUCCAGCGCUCAAGAAGAACUUCUACGUGGACGACUUCAUUGGUGGUGCCCAAUCUAUUGAAGAAGCGAUCCGUCUGCGUACCGAGCUCGACGAGCUACUACCGAAGGGUGGUUUCGAGUUGCGGAAGUGGGCCUCUAACCGUCUUGAGGUGUUGCAAGGUCUCAGCAACGAGCAAGUUGGGACACAAUCCGCCCUUCACUUCACUCCUGAGGAAUCCAUCAAGGCGCUUGGGAUCAUUUGGGAACCUGAAGGCGAUUAUCUCCGUUUUGAUUCCAAGGUGCAGUUUAGUGAUGCAGUUUCAACCAAGCGGUCCAUUCUGUCCGAUGCAGCCAGGCUUUUCAAUCCUCUUGGACUCAUCGCCCCGGUGGUCGUUCGUGCUGGCCUACAUACGUGA